UACAUAUUGCAGUCUUCUAUCAGACGCCGUAAAAAGAUAAAAAGAAAUGUGUUUUUAGUCAAAAUCGCCCACAAUUAUGGUUCCUUUUUAUUUGUUGUUUAAAUAUAAUUAGUUUAGAGUAAUGCUGUUAGAAAAACGUUAUGCCAUCGAGCGACAUGACUUUUACAGUUAAACAUAUGCGGUCGUGUACUUAUAAUUGUAUCUCUCGAUGAACAAUUUGAAAGAUCAAAAAGGAAUGAAUAUAAGCAUAACUCAGAAUGGAAAUUAUGACUUCAAAAUCUAAAACUAUCCGUCCUCAAGAAUGGGUUCCAUUUGUAACUCAGCAACAAAGACUUCGGAAUCUCAUCCAAAUACUGGGCUACAAUUUAUGUGCUGAUCAAGCAUAUUUAGCUAACAAACCAUCAUUUUAUUAUACUUUGCAUUUAACAACAAUGUGUGCUCCAUUAUACACAAGUGAAAAAAUUUGUGGGCGUAACCCAAAGUGGAAAAAAUUGGAUAUUUGUAGCACAAUUGGAUCUGCUAAAGCUGUUGUUAUAAGAUUAUGGCAAGAUUCAAAUGACCGGACAAAAGUGUUAUUUGUUUGGGGUAUAGAAUUGAGCGGUCUUCUGUACAUAACACCAAUGACUUUAGAACCAAAAAUGUUUCAUUCCAACUCUCUUGUGUUUUGCAUGACAGGUGGCAACUAUACAGUUCCUCAUUGUUUAGCUGAGGAUCAACCCACUUUAGCGAGAAUAACUGAUCUUACUUUACCUGCUAAAGAUGUAAGAAUAAGUGGAACAUUGUCACAACUCACUAGAAUGCAUAGUAUACAACGUAAAACUGUUGAAAAAAAAGAGGCAGCAUCUAUUUUAAAAGAUAAAGCAAUUCAAGGUGAGAUUAAUUGGAAUAAAAAUCGUACAGCAAGGCAUCAAAGUGCAACUUUACGUCGAAUUAUGGCCAAAGAUGUUGGCCAAAAGCCUUCUAGAGAAAAUAUUCUCUCCAGGAAAAAAGAAAUUGAAUUAGUCAAAUUUAGAGUGCUGCUAUUGAACCAGGAAAAAACUCGUAAGAUUUCCCUUCUACGACAUAAAACUGAAGCUAGUAAAUUACUUUAUAAUGAAAACUGUAUUAAAAGCAAUAAACUAAAAGAAAUAUUUGAGGGUUUAAGUACAGACGUCAAUCGAUUAAAACAGUGGAAUCUCUCAUCAAGUUCUACUGAAACAUUAUUAGCUCUUAACAGUCAACUUGUGUAUCGUAGAAAAGAACUUAUUUUGGAACUAAAUUACAUAUAUCCUAUUACCGAGGCCGAUGGAAACUUAUCAAUAUGUAAUGUUCACUUGCCAAAUUCAGAAAGUUUUGAUGGUUACAAUGAUAUUCAGUUGAGCGUUGCACUAGGCUUUGUUUCUCAUUUAACACAUAUGAUAGCUUAUUUUCUAGACAUACCAUUACGUUAUCCUAUACACCAUGAAGGAUCACGCAGUAAAAUCAUUGAUCAUAUUUCUUUAGAUAUGCAAGACAGAGAAAGACUAUUUCCUUUAUUCGGUCGAAGUAAAUCACGGUUAGAAUUUAAUUAUGCAGUUUAUUUGCUUAAUAAAAAUAUUGCUCAACUUCGCUGGUAUAACGGUUACAGUACCAAUGAUUUGCGUACUACUUUACAUAAUUUUUUAAUCAUGUUGCAACCUCAAUCAAGUUUACUGAAAUCAGAUUGUAAAAAGCAUGUAACAUCUUCUAAUUCAUCUUUAGAAUCUUCCCAUAAGCCUAUACCGAAGUAUUCCAAAGACAUUCAUCAGUAUCGAGAAGGAGGGGAAACGAGUAGUUCAGAUGAUGCAAGAGCUCGAGAUAUCCCAUCCACUUUAUCAGAUACUUCUGUUUCUAAGGAUAAAACUUCAGGCUAUAAAGACUUACAUCCAACUUGUUUACACUGAAUUUUUUUAUUAAAUUAUUGUUACCGAUUGUUGUUAUAUAAAUUACAUAAAAUUUAUAAGA